AAACUACAUACAGAAUCAAUGCUCGUGUUAUGACUAAUCUUUUCAUUAUUUAUACAUACACUGUUUACAUUUAUAUUAAGGUAAAAAUUUAAAGUAUUCAUAAUUCAAUUAGUCGUAAAGUUGAUAUAUAAAUAUUUACGAUUAAAUCCGUGCAGUAUCUGGAAGAAGCCCGCUGCAUACGAGCAUGGUAUGGACUGAUAGCAGCAAAUGUAACGUGCUGCCAGCUACAGCACAGUGGCGUUUAUUUUCACUACAAAUCACCAACGCAUGUGCCCGUCUCACUGCACCGACGUCAAAGGGGCCUAGAUCAUUUAUACCUUACGCUAAUUGUCAUUACAGCUAUUUACGAUUUGACUAUUGAUCCACGAACUCGCGUUGCUCUAUGCAUGGAACCAUCAGUUGAUGGCAUAGCAUAGAAUAAUUUUCUAUCCCGUCGCGGAUUGUGGGAACGCUCGUUAUCUCUCAUACAGUGUAUCCUUGUUACUGGAAUAUACACUAUAUUCUCGUUGCUGGAAUUAGUGAGGCUACGUGGCUGUUUAGCAAUUAGCAUCAACAACUUGUGUAAUUCUGGGCAUCGCGUACAGUAGGGCACUGUAAUACAUAGUCCAGCCUGCAUUUUCUGGACUAUGGGUCUAGAUGGAUCGUCCACCAGCUGUCUGCCCGUGGAUUCCUGCAUCAGCGUACCGCGGUGUCGCAUCUGCGGAGCACGCAGCACGGGACUGCAUUACGGCGUCAUCAGCUGUGAAGGAUGCAAGGCUUUCUACAAGCGCGCCAUCAAGAAUUCCCUCAAGUAUGCCUGCCACUUUGGAUCACGCUGCGUUAUGACGUCCAAGACCAGCGGACGCUGCAAAGCCUGUCGUUUCCGGCGCUGCGAAGAGGAGGGAAUGAGCGCCCAGGCGAUGCGUCAGAAUAAGAAGGCCAAAUUAACUACCAAGGAUUCCGGGGAAAAAGAGAAGAUCCCAUCACCGGAACCGCUGACCUAUGGAUUCCGGGAAAUCAGUCCGAUGAGCCCGGAGGCCAGCAUGGACUGGAUGGCCGUCCUCGGACUUCGAUUACAACGCACCCCGCGGUACCGGAACCAAGCGGAUGGGGAUGCCGAGCCAGCGGCAACGGGCGCUCACGUGCUGUCCAAGCGUCUGUGGUGGCGCGAACUGAAGGACAUCCAGCGCAGCAUGCAAAGCGACCAGUCCACCGCCGGGGAGGCGGAAGUCUCCUCCAGCACGGAUAUCAAGGCCAUCCGCUGGGCGGAUCCGGACCCUGGGGCGCGGGCGGACGAGAUGCCCUUCGUGGCGCUGAAUACUCCCGAUGCCGGUCGGACGCAUUACUUCUCGGGGUGUCUGCAGCCGACCUUGUUCCCGCAGUUCAACAUGGAGGAACUGGCCCGCUCGGGCUGUGUGCAGAGUCCGCGGUUCAUGCGGCGCUAUGUGGGCGUGGUGUGCCAGCGUAACGUCCUGCUGCGGGUGUCGUUCGACGCCGUGCAGGCCGCCGUUAACAGUGCGCUCAGCGAGCAACUGGAGCUUUAUAAGCGCCACAGCGAGACAGCGCAGAUCCAUCAUUGCACAGCGCCGGAUUUUGACGAGACAGUGCGAACCGAAAUCAGCUUCUUCACGAAGCUCUUCAGCCGCUUCGUCAAGGCGAUCCCGGGUUUUACGGACUUAGAUGAGCAGUAUCAGCAGAAUCUCUUAGCGGAGCGGCAUUCCAUGUUCUGGGUGUUUUUCCAUUCGGACUUCAUGUCCAACAAACAGCGCCAGCAGCUGCUGAUAUUUCUCCACAAACCGGACACGCCCACCGCCUACUACUGUCACUGGGUGUGCGAAGCCGACUAUAUGGAUUUCGUCGUGCAGUUAUCAACGCGGAUGCAAGUGUUGCAGUUGAGCGUCGCCGAGAAGUUUCUCUUAUUCGUCGUUCUGCUGUUUGACCCCGUCACAUCGUCGUUCAAGGAUAAACGCUAUCUGACCCUUUUACACCAGCACUACGUGGAUGUGUUGAUGCACGUGUUGGCCAAUCGGGACAACGGCGGCGACACGACCGUCAUGGCACGUAUCGAGCAAAUGUGGUCUGGUUUCCGGCUGUUCCAGGAGAUCGUCAAGCGCUACGUCCUGCAGCUGGACACCAGCGAGAUGCCCAUGAAACUGCGCAGUGGCCAGCGUUUGGGCGAUGUCCUCCCGUCCGGGCAGCAGCUGCGGGCAUGGCGCCAUCUCGAACCGGAAACGGCCUGAUUCCGUUGCAUUGCCGAUAGAAAAUGUAUUAAUCUAGAAUUUCGUCGUGGCCGGAAGUCGCAGAGUACAGUCAGUAUUGGUAUACAGAGUAUAUUGCAUGCAUUAACUUUAUUUUAUUAGAGAUGUAACAACAUGUUUAUCAGGAUUAUUAGUCCGCCGAGUGUUGGUUUCCGGUGAUGGUACACAACUGAUCGUGCAGCUUGUAUUUUUGUCUAAGAUUGUUAAUACUGCUGUUUCAACACACCGAUAGAUAUUAAGAUGUUUAUAUAUACUGUAAGGAAGUAUAUUAUAAUGAGAUGAAAAUACAAACCUAAUGGAUUACUGUAUCGUUUCGUUCUUUUGCUGGAAACCCCAAUUAAAGGAACGACUUCUUAC